ACUUGUCAUUGCCAUCAACCAUUAGAAGGAAACGUCCACUGGGUAAAAAGAGACACGGUGUUAUAUCAGGGAUAGAUACUAUUUUCAUUUUGGAUUUUAUCUCUUUACAAAUGAAGCAGUAGGGAAAAAAACAUAUUUAUUUAGAAAAGCAAACAAACAUUCAAAAUGUUUUCAUUUGGUAUAAUUUUACUGACCGUUGUUUCUUUUACAAAUGCACAAUGGCGACAAGACAUGUUUACAACGGCAGAAAACCAAUUAAGAAGUAUUGUGCAAAACGGUCAGACAUUGUUAGACUUUAUUUAUCAAGAGCGACAAAAGCACGGCGGAGGAAAUAUGACGGGAGGAUCAUUAAUGAGCCACAAUGUCGCUUAUUCUUCUUUUAUAAAUGACGUCGAAACACGUCUCGCCGAUAUGGAACAGGCGACGCAAGAAUUAGUCCGAAUUAUGAGGACAUGUCCUGAUGCACCGUUGGCGCCACCUCCACCAACGAACGUCAUCGUAGAAUCAACAACCAUCGAUAAUGUAUCAUCUAUCGUCGUUAAGUGGGAUCCACCAUUUAACCCACCAGAAAAUAUGCAAUAUAAGGUGUACUUUGUACCAGUGGAUCAGAAUGGUAUGCAAACAGCAGGAGAGGUGGUAUUCAGGAUCUGUGAUUCAACACAGACAAUAGCAUCUAUCACAGACUUAACCCCUAGGUCAAGAUACAGGAUCAGAGUAGGAGCAGUAGCAGGCGCUGUAGCAGAGGGCGCUAGCAUGCCACUCAAUGUGAAAACUCCAGAUAUAAUACCGUCAAGAGUACGUAACGUGAUGGUCAAAUCUUCAACUGCAAAUACAAUUACUUUGAUGUGGAAUCCUCCACCUGUUAUGGGAGAUCUCAUGUCCUACGAGAUUUACUACGAGGAGAACCCUAUCAAUAAAAUACAUAUAACAGUCAAGCCUCCAAAGAACAUGUACGUUAUUAAAGAUUUGACAGAGGGUACCAGUUACAAAAUUCAAGUGUCUGCCAAGUCAGACAAUGGUGAAGGAGAAAAAAGUAUCCCCAUAGAAGGAUCAACUCAGCGAUUUAUUCCAGGCGCACCACAAGCUUUCAAGGGAGAUGCCAUUAACAAGACAGCUGUUGUUGUAAGAUGGGCCCCACCUCCUCCUAAACCUGGAGAUGGUAUAAUCCGUGGUUAUCUCAUUAACUACACUGACGUCCGGUACACGGAUGUAGCCGAGCACAGAGUUGGAGCGGACGUGUUCGAAACUGUUAUUACUAAUUUAACCCCAGCCCAGGUCUACUACUUCCGGGCCUUUGCAUUUACACACAAAUCAGUCGGAAGAGGAGGACCAGUUAUCGCCCUUGAAACUCUUGCAGAUGUGCCAUCACCACCUCGUCAACUACAGAUCAUGACCAUUAGAGAAGAACCACCAAAGAUUGCAUUGACAUGGUUACCUCCCCUUCACACAUACGGAAAUCUUAAAAACUAUACAUUAGUAUGGGGUGUCCAAAACGGCGCAAAUCGGACAGAAUAUAUCAGUAAAACAAGACUGGAAUGGAGUUCUGAUUUCCUUGAUGAUGACACAACCCACGUGUUCAGACUCUCUGCUGUUAAUAAAGUAGGCUUAGGAGAAGCUGCUGUUACAACGUACAUGACUCCUAAAAAAGUACCGAUCAUUCCACCGAAUGUAAAAGUGGCUCGUUUACAACUGCAAUCAAAUGGUUCAACAAUAUUAAAUGUCACGUGGUCUAGUCCGCCAGUUUCCGUAGAUGGAUUCCGUAUUCUCUUUAGAAAAUUCCAGCUUGUGUACAGUGGACGAUGGGAACUUGUGGAAAUAUUCGAUCCAGAAGCACGUAAUGUAGAAAUCCCAUUGGUUGAACCAGAUUAUCCAUAUAUAGUAGUUGUCCGAGGAAUACCAAAAGGACAAAUUAUGAACAUGUAUAAUACACAUCAAACCCAUAAUAUGAACCCUGGUAUGCAUGGUAUGGGUCCGCCGCCUCUUUAGUUGAAGAAAGUUCCGAAUGUUUUAAUAAAAGUAUUAUUGUUACGAACAUUGGAAAUUGUUUGCAGCAUUGGAGAAAGGUUGAUGUGUUUGAUAAUUAUUACGCAUUGUGGAUUAAUACUAUUGACCUGUGUGUCAAUAAAGUAUUCAAAAGUAUCCAUUAAAAAACCUUUUAAACUUAAGUUUAACUGUUUCGACGUUGAAACAUUAGUAUUAGGAGUAUAAUUGUAACUUCUUGUUAAUUUUUAAAUGUAAUUGGUUUAUUGUUUCUCGAGGGUCUGGGUGGGGUUUCUCGAAUACUGCAUAAUGGGUUUAAACAAAAUAAAGAAUAGAAAUAAUGUGCUAUAAAAUAGAAUAUAAAAAUGAAAACCUCCUUCUCCUUCAAGACCCUCCUACAGUAUAUCAACAAGAAAUUUAUUUUGAUGUUACAGCUUUUCACCUUAUUUAUAUAAUUUAGUUUGGAGGGUUGGUUGUUUUUUCAGUUCUCAUAUUUGAAGAAAGCAUUUUUUUACACACUCAAAGAGAUGCUUUGAUAUGUAUUAGAGGGGGUUCGAAAAUAAAUUUUAUCCAAGGAACUGUUUGUUUAAUUGAGAAAUCAUUAAGUAAUACAUGCUGACGUUUAAACAAAGCAUCAGGGAAAACGAACUUUGUUGUAAUUGAAUAUGAACAUAAGAUAAUUAAUUUCUUAUUCUGACAGGGUCCCCUCCUGUUUUAUUAGACAUUUGUAUUCAAGAGAUGAAGUUUGACCUACGUUCAUUCAUUACAAGUACAUCCACCAUUUUUACAUAAAAAACCUGUCAAAAACACGUAGGAUGUUCUUAUUUUUGAUUAAAUUUUGUUAUACACUUAUGUAAAGUAUUUAUUUGAUCUGUGCUUGGCCAAAUGUUGGUAUAGACUGUAUUAAUUGGUACACAUUGUAUAUAAUCGUCAUUAUUCAAUUCGGUCAAGGUAAUAAAAAUAAUUGAUAAAAACGCUGUCAAAAUAAAUGCGUUUAAAAGAUGAUCUCUCAAACCUCAACAUUUUACAUUUACACAGGUCUUUAAUGUUAGUAAGUGAUCACAAAUGAAGAAUUGUAUCAUAAUCGAUUGCCAAUAACAUUAAGUCCUUUAAAUUAUUAUAUGAAUCAGUUAUACAUUUUUUUCUAAGAGCAGAAUGCCUGUUGCGGUAAGGUUUUUUUUAUUUUGAUAUAUGGUACACCAAAUAUGUAGUGUUUGGAACAUUGACUUCCCUCAUUUUUUUAUAAACUGUACAAAUAAAGAUAUUUUUUUUCAUUUCAA